AUGCCGACGGAGCUCGAGUUCGGUAGAUGCCUCUCGUCAUGGAACAACCCAGACUGGCACGUGGAUGAUGUUGACCUCUUUGCCGUGGUCCGGAAUGAAGAAGUUGGCGUCGCUGCCUGUUGCGGAAUGAAGGUCGAUAAGAUCAGUCUAUUACGAAUGUUGGGAGAUUUUUCUCAUUAUAAUGAGGAGGAGGAGGAGGAGGAGGAGGAGGAGGAGGAGGAGGUUUCGGUUGAGAACCACUGCCUCCACCGCAUCUACGGGGUCUCUGCACGGCUAUGGAGCGACUCCACAAUAACCACUUUAGAAAAGACACAUAAAAACAUAAAUCGAUCUAAUUUGGAAUUUUUCUUUUCUCUCUCCCUCACAGGGGAAACAACAGUUAAUGAAGAUUUACCACAAGCAACCUCGGCACCACCGACGGAACGACACCAGCAGCUCCAACAACUCCAGCACCGUUUCCAGCAAUCGUCAUCAAAUCAAUCACAGUCGUCAUCGGCGUCCUCGUCACCCUCGUCGGCCCAUUCGGCGCAAGGUGGGAGCCACAAGUCGCGCGGACGGCGCGGAAGUUUCAGCACCAAGAGAAAAUCAAUCACCCCCAGCUCGGUGUCCCCGGGCAACUCGGCGUUGACGGCCGCCCUGGGUGCAAGUUCGGUGGCAGCCCUGGCGGCAACGGCAGCGGCGGCGGCGGCGGCCUUCCAAGCGUCGCCUCGAAGAUCGACACCCCCGACCGGCAGCAGUCUGCAGCUGCAGCUUCCGGAGAACGGAACCAACGGUCGCGGCGGAUCUCCGACGACUUCGACGACCCCCAAUGAGGACGGUCACUACUCGCCGGUGAACCACAACAACAACAACAACAGCUCCGCCAGUACCAACUUCAACUCUCAGGUGGCGGCCCUUCAAUCGCUGGACAAGAUGCUGAGCGAGCGGAUCUACGACCGGAAGAAGUACCUCAACUCGCCGACCGGAAGUUCGGCGGCCGUUGCGGCGUUCUACGAAAAGUUCCGGAACGUGGCGGCGGCCUCGGCCGGCGAGGUCGAGCUGAACCUCAUCAAGAGCAGCAACGGCCAGCAGUCCCCCAGUGGAUUGGUCAGUGAUCUUAGUGCAAUCGGUGCGAAUCACCACGGCGGAAGUGGCAGUGCAAGUCCCAGUUGUGGUCCCAACGGAAGCAAUAGUGGUAGUGUGGGCAAUCUGCUCGUGGCCAAUGGGCACAGUAGUGGGGGUGGUGGUGUGAGUGAAGGAAACAGCCACAGUUUAAGCAAUAGUAACAACCAAAAUAGUAACGGCAACAACAAUGGAAACAGUGGAAUCAACAAUAGUAGUAGUAGCAGCAUCGGCAGCACCAACAAUAGCAAUAACAAUAGUAUUAAGAGCGAGCGGUUCAGCCCGACCAACAACGAUGUGCAGUCGACGGCGUCGAGGUCACGAAGCGUGACGCCCUCGUCGUUCUCGGGGACGCCCCCGCAGACGAUGCACCCCGCCGAUGUGGCGGCCUUCUCGAGUAGUAUUUCGGCGGUUGCCACCAGCGGGCUGCUUCCGUCCCCGGGCAACGGUUCCAGUGGUGGUGGUGGUGGCGCAGCUGGCCGGCCCGAGUUCCAGGCGCGCAACUAUUCCGAUUUUAUGCGCAGCCUGGCGGCCAAGUACAACAACAACAACAUCAGCACUGGCAACGACCAAUCGAGUGUGAAAAAUCCGUUUCUAGAGCCAAAAAUGCGAAUAAACCAGCCAAAAUCGUUCAUAGAGAACUCACUAGUAGUAGGCAGUAAGAAAGGCAGUCCAAUUACCUCCACUCAAGUACCUAAUCCAAGUAUUAUGUCGUCGCUGUUUCCGGGUCUCCCAUUCCAGUCGGCGGUUUUUCCACCGCUGAUUGACAUGAGCAGCACGCAGGCGUUGGUCGCACUGGCCCGCGCCGCCAAAGAGUCCGGCAUCGCAAAUCUCCUCAAGCCGGAGGACGGCGGCCUCAAGAAGCCGUCGGCCGGAUCUCGUAGCUCGUCGCCCCCGUCGGGGUCCGCUUCCCACCACUUCCCGUCACCCUUCUCAGCCUCACGGUACCUGCCGGCCGGUCUGCUGCCAAACCACCUGGCGGCAGCGGUCAACUAUCCGCCGCAAUCCGGAACCACCGCCGGAACGACGUCGGUUCCCGCGAUCUCACCGCUCAAGUCCCCGUCGCGGACACCGUCCGAUGGGCAGCUGCACCUUUCGAGCGGAACGUUUCCGCUGGACCUGAGUUCGGCGCCGGGCGGGGCCAAGCGGAUAAAGCUGUCGUCGCCGACGCCCAGCCGGAACCAGGACACUUCGCCGGCACCCAGCUCCACCAACAGCCAGCCGUCGGACGGCGAGCUGGGGGGUGGGGGCAAGCUGGCCCGGAAGUGUCACGCCCGCAUCGACGAGAUCAGCGCCUGGACCGUGGACAACGUGUGCGACUUUGUGUCCAGCAUCGACAUCUGCGCCGAGUACGUCCAGAACUUUCGUGACCAGAGCAUCGACGGCGCCGGGUUGCCACUGCUCACCGAGGAACACCUGACCAACUCGCUCGGCAUGAAGCUGGGCCCGGCCCUGAAGCUCAAGUCGAUGCUGGCCAAGCGGCUCGGCGGUCCCUGUCCGUGCGCGCUCUGUGCCACCCCGCCGACCCCGUCCAGCCGGAUGAGCAACAAGGGGGACACGACGCCCACUAACCGACCCCCCAGCAACGGGUCGGUUGGUUAGACAAUUUAACAGAAAAAAAUCGUUUGAACCCAUCCAGACCAGUGAUUGAUUUCCAAUAAUUACAACUAAAAGAAAAGAAAAAAAUCAAAAUAAGGCGUGCAACACUGCCUUUCGCAUACGUACUUAGAGACACACGAAGGAGAAAAAGUUAAUAAAUUCAAGUUAGGAUCAUUUCGCCGGGACAUGUACAAUAUUACAUUUUAAUUCGUUACUUAGCUCGUAAGUCUUGUUAUCUCCGAGAGACGCACGCGCCCCGUCGAAAGUGGGGCGAUCGACCCUGUUCUGUAGCGAUUAGCGUCGAAUAGUAGAUUCUAUUAAAACAUUAUAAUUAUUAUCAUUAUUGCAAUUAUUAUAAAGAAAAAAAAAUAUUAUGAAUAUUAUUUGUUACGACGAUUCUUACACACAGAUUCUUCCUCCAAAAAACAACAACAUUUAAUGCUAGUAGAUAGUGAGAGAAAAUGCACGCAAGAAAAAAAAACA